AUCUCCCUCCUCUCUCCAUUUCUCCCCAUCUCUCUCUCCCGAUCUCUCCAUCCAAAACAAAUCUCUCCGUCGUCGUUCUCGUCGCCGCCAUGAGAGAGAUCCUCCACGUCCAAGGCGGCCAAUGCGGGAACCAGAUCGGUUCCAAGUUCUGGGAGGUCAUCUGCGACGAGCACGGCGUCGAUCCCACUGGCCGAUACAACGGUGACUCCGCCGAUCUCCAGCUCGAGCGCAUCAACGUAUACUACAAUGAGGCCUCCGGUGGAAGGUAUGUCCCUCGCGCCGUCCUCAUGGAUCUCGAGCCUGGCACCAUGGACAGCAUCAGAUCCGGUCCCUAUGGUCAGAUCUUCCGCCCCGACAACUUCGUCUUCGGACAGUCAGGCGCCGGUAACAACUGGGCCAAGGGUCAUUACACCGAAGGCGCUGAGCUCAUUGAUGCCGUUCUCGAUGUUGUUCGCAAGGAGGCCGAGAACUGCGACUGCUUGCAAGGUUUUCAGGUGUGCCACUCGCUGGGAGGAGGCACAGGUUCUGGAAUGGGAACUCUCCUGAUAUCGAAGAUCCGUGAGGAAUACCCAGACAGGAUGAUGCUUACCUUCUCCGUUUUCCCAUCUCCAAAGGUCUCUGACACUGUCGUGGAGCCAUACAAUGCCACUCUUUCGGUCCACCAGCUCGUUGAGAAUGCCGAUGAAUGCAUGGUUCUUGACAAUGAAGCUCUCUACGAUAUCUGCUUCCGCACCCUCAAACUCAGCACUCCUAGCUUUGGAGACUUGAACCACUUGAUCUCUGCAACUAUGAGUGGAGUGACCUGCUCUCUGAGGUUCCCCGGACAGUUGAACUCCGACCUCAGGAAACUGGCCGUGAACCUGAUCCCGUUCCCUCGUCUCCAUUUCUUCAUGGUCGGAUUUGCCCCCCUCACAUCCCGUGGCUCCCAACAGUACAUCUCCCUCACGGUUCCCGAGCUGACCCAGCAAAUGUGGGAUGCAAAGAACAUGAUGUGCGCCGCUGAUCCGCGACAUGGACGCUACCUCACGGCCUCGGCCAUGUUCAGGGGGAAGAUGAGCACAAAGGAAGUGGACGAGCAGAUACUAAACGUCCAGAACAAGAACUCGUCCUACUUUGUGGAGUGGAUCCCGAACAAUGUGAAAUCCAGCGUUUGCGAUAUCCCGCCAAAGGGGGUAAAGAUGGCAUCGACUUUCGUGGGGAACUCGACGUCGAUACAGGAGAUGUUCCGGAGGGUGAGCGAGCAGUUCACGGCCAUGUUUAGGCGGAAGGCUUUCCUGCAUUGGUACACGGGAGAAGGGAUGGACGAGAUGGAGUUUACGGAAGCCGAGAGCAAUAUGAAUGACCUUGUGGCCGAGUACCAGCAGUACCAAGAUGCUACGGCCGAUGACGAGGGCGAGUACGAGGACGAGGAGGAUGGGUACGAGGCUGCUUGAUCGUGGUUUUAUCUGUUUUUCUUUUGUCGGAACGAAGGUGGAAACGCAAAAACUCGGGUUAUAUGUUAUUAAUGUCCUGUAUUUUUAUUGCAUUCGUUUGAUUGAAGCACUUCUCUCCUCUCUCUCUCUCUUCUUUGUUGCUUACUAAAAUCAUAUAUAUAUAUAUAUAUGUAUGUAUGUAUGUAUGUACGUGUUAUUGUUGAAUUGGUGCAAUAUGGGAAUUUUUUUAA